UAUCGGCAAAUAUAUUAUUAUGUUUUUCUUGAAUCGGUCUCGUCUAGCACAUGCCCAGCAUCAAGUUAGAGAAGCAUGAUUGGUCCGUGUUAUAAAAUAAUGAAAUCUGAAAUCGUUUGUGGGAUUUGGUCAACAAUCUUUGGUCUCCUCUCAGAUUUAACAAAGCAGAAAGAGAGACCCAUGUGAAUUUCACUUUAUGCAAUUAAGCUUGGUGAUUCAGUGAUUUUGAACUUGUGCAUGUAAGGUUUUUGAUGAAAUGUGUAGUUGAAUUUGAGGGUCUAUUUGAGUUGGAGUAAUGAUUUGGUUUCAUCCGUUUUUUCCUGAGCCUGACUUGUGCUGAAGGCUGGUGGUGGUUGCAUUUAAUUUUUUUGCACCUUGAAUAUAUACACUGCUCGCAGGAAUAAAAUCUGUGGCGACUGAAAGGGAACAAAUAUGGCAUCAAGAGAGGGUGAACCACUGAGUCCCACAGCGAAGCUAUUUCAUGAGCCAUCUUUAAACUGUUAUGUGAUUGCGAUCAUGGGUUGCAAGACAAGCAUCAAUCCUCAAGUCAUCAGAGAAGGUCUAUACCAAACACUGCUCAAGCAACCAAGGUUCACCAGCAAACUGGUUAAGAAGGGAAGAAAAACAAAGUGGAUCCCUACAACAGUUGACCUAGACAACCACAUGAUAGUUCCAGAAAUAGAUUCCAACAUAGAACAGCCAGACAGAUUCGUGGAAGACUACAUCUCAAAUUUGACAAAAAGUCCACUGGACCUAUCGAAGCCACUAUGGGAAGUGCACCUCCUCAACAUCAAAACCUCAGAUGCAGAAAGUGUUGGCAUAUUCAGGAUUCACCACUCCAUGGGGGACGGUGCCUCUCUCAUCUCGCUCCUUCUUGCCGCCACUCGCAAAGCCUCUGACCCCGACGCGUUGCCCACCGUGCCCAACCAGAAGCGUCCCUCGCACCACCGCUCGAGCCCCUUUUGGUGGCUCCUCGCCGUUUGGUGGGGUCUGCUUCUGAUUUUGCACACUGUGGUGGACUUGCUGUUGUUCACGUUCACCAUUUUCUUCAUUAAAGAUACGCCUACUCCUCUUACAGGUGCACCUGGGGUUGAGUUCAAUAACAAGCGCUUCGUGUAUCGCACGGUUAGUAUGGAUGAUAUCAAGCGAGUGAAGAAUGAAUUCAAUGCGACGAUCAAUGAUGUUUUGUUAGGGGUAACACAAGCUGCUCUCACUCGCUACUUGAAUCGAGCAUAUGGCACAGAUGAAAAUAACCAUGCAGCGAGGCAGAAAUCUGGUGUCCUAAAGAAAAUUCGCCUCAGGGCAUCCGUUCUUGUUAACAUUAGACCUGUUGGUGGAAUAGAGGAUCUAGCUAAUAUGAUGGCCAAUAAAUCAAAAGUCAAAUGGGGUAAUUGCUUGGGAUACAUCAUCCUCCCUCUCUCUAUUGGUUUGCAUGAAGAUCCAUUGAAAUAUGUUCAUCAAGCUAAGGCCAACAUCGAUCGAAAGAAGCACUCGUUGGAAGCAAUUUGCUCCUAUGCUUGUGCAAAUUUGGUACACAAUUUAUUAGGUGUUAAGGUUGCUGCUGCCAUAACACGAAGAGUUCUAUUUCACACUACUUUAGCCUUCUCUAAUGUGCCUGGUCCCGUGGAAGAAAUUAGCUUCUAUGGUCAUCCUGUGGAAUACAUUGCUCCUAGUGUAUAUGGACACCCACAAGCAUUGACCAUUCACUUCCAAAGUUAUGCGAAUAAGAUGACUAUUUCUCUUUCAGUGGAUCCACUUGUCAUUCCGGAUCCUUACCUGCUUUGUGAUGAUUUAGAGCAAUCACUCAACCUCAUUUGUGAUGCUGUUAAGAGAAAGCACAACACGAAUUUAGUCUAAUAGCAAAAAUGGUCUAAUUACGAGAUUUCGGGAAGUUUUACAAUUAAUCAUUGGUAAUUCUUCAUUUGGAAAUUGAUAUUAUAUGAAUAACCUUUUAGAAAUUAUAAUUUGUUGGUUUUUAUUAUUCGUAACUUCAUUCAGUUUAGAAAAAAAUUAAUAGAGAAUAUUUUACUCCAUCAAGUCAUUGUCAAAUGUAAACCUUGAGUCUUUGUGUUUGAUAUGCUAGAAUAUUAAGUCUUAUUUCAAGAAUAAAGUAUAAUUCCACUUGAAUUAA